CUUCUCGCGGCCCGCGGCACCAGGCGGGGCGCGCGCCCGCCAGCUUCUCCACCCGGAAGAGCCUCCUGAACGGUGAAGUUGAGGCGGUUCGCGGCUCGGCGUCCGUCGAGUGCGCGGGCCCGGCCGAGGAGCCGGCGCAGCGCCUAUUUUCCCCAGGCGCGAGGCGGGUCUGUCGGAGCCUGCGCGCCCCCGCGGCCGGCGGCGCCUCGAGCGGCUGGCGCACGCGCCCCGCCCCGCCCCCAGAGGCCUCCUCGAACCCCCGGCGCUAGGCCCGAGCUCUCCGCGUCCCUUGGCCUCGGGAGCAGCGUAUCCGUCAUCACCUAGAUUCAAGAUGAAUAGUGAGCAAGUUACACUGGUUGGUCAAGUGUUUGAAUCCUAUGUUUCGGAAUACCAUAAGAAUGAUAUUCUUCUAAUCUUGAAGGAAAGUGAUGAAGAUGCCCAUUACCCAGUUGUGGUUAAUGCCAUGACCCUUUUUGAGACCAACAUGGAAAUUGGGGAAUAUUUCAACGCAUUCCCAAAUGAAGUACUAACAGUUUUUGAUAGUGCUCUGCGAAGAUCAGCCUUGACAAUUCUCCAGUCCCUUUCUCAACCUGAGGGUGCCUCUAUGAAGCAGAAUCUUCAUGCCAGGAUAUCAGGUUUGCCUGUUUGUCCUGAGCUGGUGAGGGAGCACAUCCCUAAGACCAAGGACGUGGGACACUUUUUAUCUGUCACUGGGACAGUGAUUCGAACAAGUCUGGUAAAGAUCCUGGAGUUUGAGCGCGAUUACAUGUGUAACAAAUGCAAACAUGUAUUUGUGGUCAAGGCUGACUUUGAGCAGUACUAUACCUUCUGCCGGCCAUCCUCCUGUCCCAGCUUGGAGAGCUGUGAUUCUUCAAAAUUCACUUGCCUCUCAGGCUUGUCUUCGACUCCAACUAGGUGUAGAGAUUAUCAGGAAAUCAAAAUUCAGGAACAGGUGCAAAGGCUAUCUGUUGGAAGUAUUCCACGAUCUAUGAAGGUUAUCCUGGAAGAUGACUUAGUAGACAGUUGCAAAUCUGGUGAUGACCUCACUGUUUACGGAGUUGUAAUGCAACGGUGGAAGCCCUUUCAGCAAGGUGUGCGCUGUGAAGUGGAGAUAGUCCUGAAAGCCAAUUAUGUCCAAGUAAAUAAUGAGCAGUCUGCAGGGAUCAUCAUGGAUGAGGAGAUCCAAAAGGAAUUUGAAGAUUUUUGGGAGUCCUAUAAGAGUGAUCCCUUUGCAGGAAGGAAUGAAAUAUUGGCCAGCUUGUGCCCACAAGUUUUUGGGAUGUAUCUAGUAAAGCUUGCUGUGGCCAUGGUGCUGGCUGGUGGGAUUCAAAGGACUGAUGCUACAGGAACACGGGUCAGAGGUGAAUCUCAUCUUUUAUUGGUUGGGGAUCCUGGCACAGGGAAAUCUCAGUUCCUCAAGUAUGCAGCAAAGAUUACACCACGAUCUGUGCUCACCACAGGAAUUGGAUCUACUAGUGCAGCACAUUUCCAGAUGCAAGUUCCCUGCAUCCGACAUCUCACGAGAUCAUCUAUUUGUUGAUGAAGAUUAAAAGAGGAAAGAAAGGAGCAAUACUGAAUAUCUAGUUAGAAGGAAUAGCAAGUAUCUAGAAGUAGGGCAUGCUUAGCUGGCUCAAGAAAAAGCAAGGAGGCAGGGCUGGUGCAAAUUGAAUAAAGGGGGAAAAGAACUGACCAUUAGAUUGGGUGUGAGGGGCAUGGCCAGAUUAUGCAAAGUUUUAAAGGCCAUCAUUGAAGACUUCUGACUUUUAUACUGAGUGGCAUGGGAAGCCAUUGGGAGGGUUCUGAUUGGAAGGGUAACAUCCAACUUUCAUUUUAGAAGGAUCAUUUUGGAUCCUGUGUUCAGUAUGGACUGUAAGACAAUGAGGGGGAAAAAACAGGUGGAUAUUUUAAGGCAAGAGGCAAGAACUGAUGGUAGCUUGGACCACAUGUAGCCAUGGGUAUGAGAAGCAAUCACACUCUGGAUAAAUCUUGAAGAUAAAGGCAGCAAGAGUCACCUUUUUUGCAAGGGGUAGGGGAUUAGUUUUGGACAUGUUAAGUUUGAGAUAUCUACUAGAUAAAUAUCAAUGACAUAGGAAACCCAAAAGCUAAGUGGAGAAACUUUAGACAGGAGUGUAAAACCUACUAAACUAGCCAAAUGAGGGUAAGUCUGGUAAUUGUCACGUGGAGUUUUCACAUUUUGUUCAUUUCGUAUGUAUUUAUUUGUACCAAUACAUAUAGUGCUCUUGGCCUCCUAAUUGGUAUAAGGUAAGGUGGCAUUUGUGGUCUGGCGUAGGAACAUAGUCAGGAGUUAUAAACUUAUACCUACUUUGUGCUGGGCAUUGGUCUUGCCAAUAUCACGAACCUGUUACUUAAAUCUCAACAGCUUUACCAUACGGAUUUAAUUAUACUAUUAUGCAAACAAGAAAGCUGAGGCUCCAAGAGGCUAAGUAAUCUACCCUAAUUCACAGAGCUAGCAAACCAAAGAAUCGGAACCCAAGCUAUGUUUCUGUAACUCCAAAGCCUGGGCUCUUUCCAAAACCGAAACUAGGAAGGUAAUUCUUCCGUUUCUGGCUCUCAAAUGAAUAGUGGAAUAAAGGAACUUAGUGGAGGGGGUGGGGGGAGAUGGGUGAGGACAGAGGCCAUGGAAAGAUAAUCUACCCUUAAGGAGCACAGGCUGUAACUCAGUGAACACCUGUACCUUAAUUUUUAUGCUAAUGGAAUCCUUGCUGUAGCUACUGAGUUUAAAAUGCUCAGUAACUUAUUGAUAAUUAGCAUCAGUUGUCUUAUUUUUUUUUUUUAACGCCGCUUUCAUUCCCCUGUCCUCUGUAUUCGAAAGAGGAAGCGACAGAAUCAGAUGCACAGGUUCUCUGUUGGAGUUUAUUAAUUUAUUUAAAAACUUAACUAAUUGUUUCAUUUAAUCAUGGUAACCCCAGUCUGCAAGUAUCUGCGUUUAUGGUCAGGAGUGAGGGAAGUCACCAAGGGAAUUUUAAACUAAUUACCCUACUUGGGAAGAUCUGUGAUUAGUGUGUAAAAUAUGUAAUCUUUGGGAAUUAGAACAAGCCUGAAGUCUAAAAGCAGAAUCACCAUGUUCAAUUCUGGUACAUUGUAAAUGUUCAACUGACAGUAGCUUGUAAUUAUUGAUAUUGACCAACUUAAAAAAAAUGGCUCCAUUCUGUUAGAGAAACAAAGAAUCAGCAGUCUACAGAGGGCAUAAGAUUAGCAGGAAGGUCAAUCAAAACUUGACAAGCUUGGGAACCAUCAGAUCAAAUACAUCCUGGUCUCCUGUCAAGUUUAAGUAUGAAAAAUGGUGGCCAACCUGUGGCUUGGGAUUUAAGACAAAAGUUAUGAAGUGAAAAUUUCUCUUCAGAAUAUUCUGUAGUUUCACUUUAAGAAUAGAUUUUUUAAAAGAACUGUAAUAUAAAAGUAUGGAACUUAUAAGAAGCUUUUGCUAAAUAAACUCAAUUUCCUUAAUCCACAUAGCCUCUAGGUGGAGUAUACAAGCAUGGCACCUUUUUGAAAGAUUCCUUUGCAGCUUCAGUAUGACUCAGCUUAAACUCUUUUGAAAAAUGCUAAAUAACCAGUAUAAGUGCCCUAGGAAGAGGUGUACAAGUGGAAGUAAGUGUAUUGUUGAUACUGGUAUCAUAAAAACUCUGACGUGAUUCAGGUGAGUUCUGAAUAGAUUCCAGUUAAAAAUGGAACAUAAUUCUGCUUCCGUGAAUGGUGGGUUUCAACAAUCCAAUGUCAAAGCCCUGUAACAUCCUGAAUCAUCUAUCAUCCUUGUCCAAAACUGGCUCUUAAAAUGGAAGGCCUCACUUGAGAAAUACCUAUAAUUUGAAGAACUUCUAAAGCUUAAGACAUACAGUACGUUGGAAUGAACUAAUCAAUGAUUUCUCUUGCAUUUGCCCAUUUUUAUAUGCAAUUGGCAAUAAAAAGGAAAACUUACUGUUGGGUAUGAAAAAUUGGCCUGGUAGCUGAAAUGAUUAUAGUAGUACUCUGGGAAAGUAAUCAAAUGGUUUCAGAGUAAUAAGAAAAAUCCUCUUUAAUUUUAUUAUCAGUGACCUAUUAGAAAUUAGUUUAAUAAAUGAAUGGUCUUUCAAAAUGUGAAAGACUACAUAUUAUAUAUAUAUAUACACACGUAUGUAUAUAUGCAUGCAUAUAUGCUUUAUGUAUGCAUUAAUAUUGGAAGAGCGUAGAUUAAAGUGUUAAUUAUAAUUAACAGGAGAUGGUGGAAGGCAUUUGAGUACACAGGACUGUUUAUAUAUGUAUGUAGAACUUUUAAAAAGUUUAUUCCAAUGAGCAUGUAUCGCUUUUAUAAUUUGAAAACUUUAACACCCUACGUAAAAUACGUUUUGUGGAGAUUAAAAACUAAUUUUUAAGUGAAAUGCUUUAUAUACCAUGAUUAGCAUAAUUUUAAGUGCAUUUUUGUUAAAUAUACUUGUAAGUUCAAAUACUUAUGUCGCCUUUUAAAUUGUAAAAUUACCAUUGAUGAAGUUAAAUUUUUUCUACUCAAAUUUUGAAAGGGAAGCACUGGAUUAUUUUAAUAAAAUCUAACAGCAAAGAUAAAAACCUUGGUAAGUUUAAGCUUUCUAAAUAUGUAUUAAUGUACAUAAUAAAAAUACCUUUGGAGACCUUAAAA